AUGAACCUGGUGGGGACGUGGCUCACAGACAGGAUGGACCUACAGCUGCACGUCUACCAACUCAAAAUACUCAUCAGAAUCGUCAAGAAGAAGUACCGUGACUUCCGGCUGCAGGGCGUGCUGGACUCCACUCUCAACAGUAAGAUGUACGACACGGUGAGGAACCGGCUGACUCUGGAAGAAGCCACCGCCUCCGUGAGAGAAGGAGGGAUGCAGGGGAUCUCCAUGAAGGACAGCGACGAAGAGGACUGA